AUGCAUGCUCAAGAUCAUCAAGCCCCACACAUUCGAAAGAAACUUGUUGCCAAAGCAAUAACAGGAAUAAGCCAGAAGCAAAAGAAAUUGAAGGAAAUUGGAAGUGCAAAACAAAAAGAAGCAAAAACAUACGAUGAGCUUGUUGAAUACCUAGAUGAGAAUUGCAGAAACAAACAUCUAAAAGAACUGGAAGAGUGGGCAGACUAUCAUAGUAUCUACCAGCUUGCAAAAGUGACGAAAAAUCUCCGAGAAAGUUGCAAAGGCGUUGAUUUUUACUCAAAACGAAUCAAGCUCAAUGAACGAGUUCAUGAAGCAAAGAAGCUUAUAGCAAGCUUAGAAAAAGAAGGAGUCGGCUGCAUCGCGUAUACAAGAGUGAUUAGACUGGUAGAAAUUGGUUUUUCAAUCGACACAACAAUCAAAGACCCUCGCUGGCGAAAGUUUUGGCAAAAUACUGUGACGAAGGAUGAAAUAGAACUAACUCUCGAAAAGAUGGCGAACUUGCUAAACGAUUUUGCCUUAGAAUUCUCCUUCAAUUGCCCAAAUAUCAACACGAAAAAUUUCGUCCUGAACGUCAUCAAUUUCAAAAAGAAAUGGUACCGAAAAAACUCCUUCAAAAAGCUCGAAUAA